UAUCCAGGUGUACCAACCCCAAGCUCGGAAAUCCUGCGACAUACACUUAACAUGCUUGUCCGAGAAAGGAAAAUCUACCCAACCCCAGAUGGAUACUUUAUAGUAACCCCACAGACUUAUUUCAUAACCCCAUCCCUUAUAAGAACUAACAGUAAAUGGUACCACUUGGAUGAGAGGAUACCUGACCGGUCUCAGUGUACCUCUCCACAACCAGGAACUAUUACGCCAUCUCCUUCAGGGUGUGUCAGGGACAGAACUCUCUCCAAAAACCACUGCGACUCUUGUCAUUGCUGCAGAGAAGAUAUGCAUAGCAUCCAUGCAUCUACCUUACAAAGGAAAUCUGCAAAAGACUGUAAAGACUCCUAUUGUCCCCCCUCAUUGUGCCAGAUACCCCCUACAGAGAAAAGCAAAAGUACCAUAAAUUAUUCUUAUAAAACAGAAACCCUUUCGAAACCUAAAGAUGGGGAUAAGCCAUCUAAGAAGUUUGGUCUGAAAUUAUUUAGGCUAAGUUUUAAAAAAGACAAGGCAAAACAGCUGGCUAAUUUUUCAGCCCAGUUUCCUCCUGAGGAAUGGCCCCUUCGAGACGAUGACACCCCAAAUACCAUACCCCGUGAAGUAGAGAUGGAAAUCAUUAGGCGAAUAAACCCUGACUUGACAGUGGAAAAUGUCGUACGACAUACUGCACUAAUGAAAAAACUUGAAGAAGAAAAAUCUCAGAGGAGCAAAGCUGGUUCAUCAGCUCACCAUAGUGGUAGAAGCAGGCGAAGCAGGACUCACAGAAAAACUCAUGGAAAAUCUCGGUCACACAGUAAGAAUAGGGCUUCCAAAGGUGACCCUUCUGAAGGCUCCCACUUAGACUUACCCGGAGAGAGAGAGUAUGAGUUCUAUCAUCCUCGAAAUCGUUCACCAAGGGAAGGUUGUUUCAUAAUGGAGCGUAAGGGAGGAGAAAAUUUUGUAGUGCUCAGCAAUCCAAACAUGAUUGAAUCUCAUUUUCCUGUUACACCAGAAUGGGAUGUGUCUGGUGAACUGGCCAAAAGGAGAACUGAAAUGCCUUUUCCUGAACCCUCAAGGGGGAGUUCCCAUUCCAAGGUCCAUCGAAGCCACAGCCAUACACAGGAUAGAAGGUCAAGAAAUGAAAGGUCAAAUAAAGCCAAGGAAAGGUCUAGGUCAAUGGACAACUCAAAGGGACCUUUAAGUGGUGCUUCUUUAGGGACACCGGAUGACCUGGGUGAAGGCCUGAGUCUUGAUGAUAAAAACACCAAGCCAGUCUUUUAUAGAUGAUGGCACUUUAAGACCAUCUCACAGUAGCUUGAGUCAUCAAAGGACUCUAACUUACAAAGACACAUGCGGCCCUGAACUAGCUAGUGGUGGUGCAGAUACCCCUAAAUCAUGUAGCCUGUUGGAACAAGGCAAACUUCCAGAGACUUUAUCCUCCUACAGUGAACUUAAUUCUUGUUCCAAAAAAACAGCGGAUGACUAUUUUCAGUGUAAUACAUCUAGUGAAACAAUUCUCACUGCUCCAUCCCCUUUAGGUAAAAAUAAAGAGGAAAUUGAUAUAUCAAGUCUCACAGAAGGCUUGAAAAGACUUUCUCCUGCUGAGAAGCCACAGCAACACAUAGCCAGAGAGCAAGGUGAAUACAAAGAUGACUCACCAAAAGGUACUGUUAGUGGUCUAUCAGUUGCUGCUUCUGGUCAGACCCCAGAAGUGAUUGCAAAUGGGCGAUUGGUGCCACAUCACAAUGCAGAAUCUAGCAGCCUUGAUAAAAGGAAAGAAAUCUUCAGUAAAGAUACUCUAUUCAAACCUUUGCACAAUAGCCUAUCUGUGAACAGUUUUCAUAAAUCGGGUGUGAAUUUGCUGAAAACACACCAAAAAACUUCUCCUGAAACACUGCCAGCAAGCAUUGAGAACUUUGAGCAACCUAUUACCACCUCAGUUACCCCAAACCUUGCUGUCUCACCAAGGCCACAGGAGCCAGCAGGAAAUCAAGAAGCCUCCUUUGAUUACUACAACGUCUCAGAAGAUGACGAGUCAGAGGAAGGCACACAAAAGACAGCAGAAGAAGAAAAAAACAGAGAUGAUGUGGGGACAAUGCAAUGGCUGCUACAGCGGGAGAAAGAAAGGGAUUUACAAAGGAAGUUCGAGAAAAACCUCACACUUCUAAAUCCAAAGGAAACUGACAGCAGCAGUAGCCAGCGAGCCACACAUUCGGCUCGUUUGGACAGCAUGGACAGUAGUAGCAUCACUGUAGACAGUGGAUUUAAUUCCCCACGGACACGGGAAAGCCUGGCUUCCAAUACUUCAAGUAUUGUGGAAAGUAACAGACGGCAGAAUCCAGCUCUGAGUCCUGCCCAUGCUGGUGCUGGCCCAGCUUUUAACUUCCGAACAUCUGCUGCAGAAACUACAACAACGGAUGCUGAUAAACUACAGAAACCCACUAACUGUUUGCAAGCUUCUGUAACUAGUGUUUGA